UCACCACUGACAAAGUGCAGCUGUAAAUGGUGAAAAUGGCGAAUUGUGCUAGUGUCGGAAUAUUAAAAAUGAAAUAUUAAUUUACUGAACAUUUUGCGUUCGAUAUAUUUAAACACAUCUGAACAAAGCAGAGGCUUGUCGAUAACGGAAAUAUAAUUUGAAUGUGCAAACUAUAUAUUCCGUCGUCGUUGGAGCUAUAAAUGAACCAAAACCAAAUCCAGCAACUCACCUCUCACCUAUCCCAGGCACUUGAUCAAAACUACGAUGUUGUUAAUAUGGAGACUGUGCUGUCGGUUAUAUGUGCUUUGGAGGGUACAACAAUUACAAAGGAGCAACUGGAGGCCACCCGACUGGCCAAGUACAUCAACCAAUUAAGGCGGCGAACUAAGAACGAACAUUUGGCGCGACGCGCCAAGUCUUUACUGAAGAAAUGGCGUGAAAUGGUGGGGAUACAGCAGACUGUCAAUGAGUCACAGUCGCAUCAGCUGAGUAGUGUAAGCCUGCAGCAGCAACAGCAGCCCUCCUCAGAUUUCGUCAAGACCGAUUUAGAUCAAGAGUCGAUCCAUUUGCCCUUAUCGCCGUCACAGCAAAUUAUACAUCCAGAAACACAGAAUUCAUCUGAUACUGUGCAUCAUACCAGUUUCUCCAACUUGGUUAAUAAUGUGCACAGGGAAAGCAAGAAUAAAAUGAGAAGGCACGAGGCAGCACCCAUCGCAAACACCGAGAACGAACCUGCUGUGGUCAUUGAUAUUGCUUCUGAUUCGGAUGAGACGGAUUACAAUAGCAGUGCGGUUGCACCGUCGAAGCGCGGAAAUGCCCAGAAUUCAAUACUUGCUAUCCCCAUACCCGUAGCAAGUCCGAUUCCUAAACAAAAGAAAUUAAAAAAGGCCAAAAAACAUAAAGAUAAUGAUGUACAGAAUGUACGAGUUCAUGGAAAAGUUGCAGAGACAUUGUCACAAGCAGACUCAGAAAUCUUUUCCCUCUCAAACAGUUCAAUGAGCUCGAUAUUUUCCGCGGAAGCCAUUACCACAUUGGGAAACUCGCAGCAUAAUAAAACGAGAUUAAACGCCAGCGAAUUGACAUUUACGGGCAGAUUCAAGUCUGCAUCCAGUCACAAUAAUAAUUCUGCAGGCCUUUUCCCCGUACGAAGCAAUGAACCGUCUAGAAAACAGGCUGGAAAAUAUGAUGAUUAUAAUAAUAUAUAUGAUUCGAGUGGUGCCUCUUGCAGUCGACUGUCUCCUUUAAAUAUGGAAGAUAGCAGCAGGAAAAUUGAGACUACAAUAGAUGCUAGUAUGCAUCAAGCUGUACUUGUGGGCAGCAAUGAUUUGGAGAACACAACGUCUCAGUCUCGUUUGCAUAUUCCAAAAAAACGCGGUCGAAAAAGAGGCUCUAAAGGGGUUGACUCUUUGAUAACCAAGGAUACAUCGGCUAGCCUCUCCCAACAAAUCUUCUUUGGUCAAGGCUCGACUGUGAAAAAGGUGAAGACCACUAAAGAAUUAUUUAAUGAAAUUCAAAGCAGGAAAUUGAGUGUUUCCACAACGAGCAAUCUUUCAAGUUCUUCAACAACAAAUCGAGCAGAACAGGGAUCAAUCAUGGCUGCUAUGUUUCCUAGACCAGCGUCAUCUUGUUCAGAUACAUCCAUACAUUCGCCACAAAUUAUGGAAACUUGUUCGGGCAAUGUUACUUUAAUGGGCGCCGAUACAUUCUCGAAUAAAUUAGAUGCUGCAAUUACGGACAGCGAUACUGUUACCUCAGAACCUUCUCGUGACAGUAAUAAAUCGCAGGAAAUCAAAGGUACUUCCUUGGACAAUAGCAAUAGCAAUUCAUUUGGAACCUUUGGAAAGAGCAACAUGAACAUCAAACAGGAGAAUCUAAAUGACAUCACAACACAACUUAUGCACUUGAUACAUAGCUUGAAGAGUCCGCUGAGCGUGUACGAAAUUGAGCAAAUGUAUCUGGCCGAACUCGUACCAUGUUCAUGUGUAAUUAUGGAGGAUGACUAUACAAAUGCUCUAAAGGGAGAGCCAGAAAUUGCAGUUUCCGAUAAUAUUUCUACAAGUGAGCAAAAAUUCAAUUUGAAUAUGGAUAAUACUACGACGGUGCAUAGAAAGGAUCAGGAUCUACAGGAUAUACGACCAUCGAUAAAACGAUUGGAUAAUGAUCAUGAAAUGGUGGAAAAUCAACUGAAGCCUGUGAGAUCGAUCUUUGAUUUAGACUUCGAUGAUGAUAACGAUUUGCAUUCAAUAAUGCUUGAAACUAAGCCGGCUGUUAAAAUGGAAGAAAUAAAGAAAAAAUUGGAAGUUCUGAAUGUGUCUCAACUUGAUAUUAACUAUACUCAAGAAGUGGAACAGGAAAAUAGUGAAACAAUUGCAGCCAAUCUCCCAAUUAUUCCCUCUCUUGUCGUUCAGGAAGAUCCCCACUGCCUGGCAAAGCAACGAUUUUAUGUACAAACAAACCAAGUGACCAGUUUUCAUAUAAAUGCCUUGCAUAAUUACUACAUACCAAAUAUUAAUGGAAAUUGGAAUGAUUUGGAAAAUAAUUCGAUGCAACCCUGGGAUUCCAUGUAUACGGUCACUAAUGGAGCUGAUGUUGUGCCUAAAUAUGGCUUAAUAGCUUCGGACCGUAUCAAAAAGGAUCUAAGUUCUUUAAAGUUCUUAAAACCUUUUAAGGCGAAACCUUUCAAAUCAUUAAUAGCGCCAUUUCUGGGUGUGGCCAAAUGUUUGCCUACCUGUCGACGUGCUAAACGAAGACUCAACAUAUCGUUUAAUCGUUUUUCUCACAAUCCAGGUGGUAAUUAUAAUGUUCCCAUGGAAAUGCCGCCGCUAAAUGUUAAUAUUGAUGGAACGGACAGCGGCCAUAAUGAAAAUGCGGUGCCAAUAAAAAACCUACAAAUAUCAUCAUCAUAUGAUGAUACAUCAUCAAGAUACUUCAUUUCAGAUAUCCCUAAAAGUAAUAAUUUAUUAAAAUUAGUCGAGGAUCAAGUGGGGGCUGAAGAAAUUAUGAAAGAGAAAAAGAAUGAUUGGAAUGGUAAAAACUUUAAUAAUAAAACUAGUGAUAAUAACAGCAGUAGUGACAGUGAUAGUGAAGACAAAAAUGAGAAUGAUUAUGAAAAUAACGAGGAAUAUGCCAUUGUCCAACGCCCAACAACCACGAGUCGCGAUCAUAUUGUGUUGACAAUAAAGAAAACCCCAAGUAAAGUAAACUCGCCAGCAAAUUCACUGAUAAACACAAUGACUUCGCCAGUUAUUACAUCAAAUACUUCACCAACAACAUUUACAACAAACAUUAAAGCAAACACUGAGGAAAAUGGUGUUCAAAAAGUAACAGUUCCAGUACCACUCACUAAAUUUCAAUUGAUGAGACUUCCUUUUCGUCCUCAUCGUUAUCGCAAGCGCACCUUAAACACAAAAACUGACUUGGAUCUUAAGCAUGAAUUUUAUUUAAAAGAGACAUCUGUGGCCGUGGACAUGACGAUGCGUGAGAAAUUAUUUUUUCAGCACGAGUUGUACGGUGAGCCUGCUUUGGAUAUGAAAGAAAGAACUUUAAACUAUAGUAACAGCAGCUCAAAUUCCGAGGAAAGUGAAGGGGAAGAAGAAUCAUCGAAAGCUAAAAACCGCUCUACGAUAACCACUUUCGAUAAGAACCGAUUUAAUUUGCAAAGUGAGACUGAAACCAGAGAGGGUAAAAUCGAUAGCGAUGUAUUAUCAUCAAGUGAUACAGAUAUAGAUGGAGGCGAUGAAAAUUUUAUUUUUGAAGACGCCCAGCUCGAUUUAGUAAACAAUAGCUUGCUAAAAUCAUUCAACUUAAUUCAAACUGAUUCACAAAAGGAUUAUUUAAAUGGAAGUAAUAAACAAUACUGUAACAAUAAUCACUUGGGAAUCUCUACCGAAACUCCGCCCGUCAAAAAAUUGCCUCUUUUAAACCUUGAAUAUCGUACUGGCUAUCGAUCCUUACCCGAAAAUAAUGACACAUCAACCAAUGCGGCCGGUUAUCAAGAAUUUAAGGAAUGGCAUCAAGUUCUUCAACUAAAAUCAUACAACAACGAGCCGUUAAUCGUUCUGCCUUACGUCGUGCUUGAAUGAACAUAGAAUAUUCAACAAAAUGUUUUCAAUUUUACGCCGCAAUGUGUGAUAACAUUUCCAAAAAAAAAAAAAAAAAAAUUUAUAUAAUAAAAAAUACAAAUAUAUAUAAAAAAAAAUAAUUAAAAAAAAAUACAAAUUAAAAUAAUUUUAAAUAGUUGUAACCUGUUGUUGAUAAAAUUCAGUUUCAGAUUAAUUUGUAGGCGUUUCUUUAAAAUACAGUUCCAGUUUAACUUGUAGAUGAUGAAAUAAAUAAAUUUUUGUUAUAUUUUAUACAUAUAUUGUUAAAAGAACAUUUUUAUUUUUUUAUUUUAAUCUUUUCCAAUUAUUUUUAUUAAAUAACAAUAAGCCCAAAUAACACACAAAGUUAUGUAAAAUAAAUGUAAAUAAACUAGCAU